AUGUGUGAUUUGCUGUUCAACUUGGCCUCACCAUCUGUAAUGGACUGUAAAAUCGGCCAGCGUACCUACGUCGAACAAGAAGUUAGUCAAAGCACAGAUGGGAAUAAUCUGCGAUCGGAUUUAUACGUGAAAAUGAUAGAAAUCGAUCCACUGGCCCCAACUGCCGACGAACAUUUUGUCCAAGCGGUGACGAAAUUGCGCUAUAUGCAAUGGAGGGAAAGUAUUACAUCAACCGCAGACUAUGGGUUUCGUAUAGAGGCUAUCAAGAAGUCGGACGAUCUGGCACAACGACGCUUCAAACAGUGUCGCUCUUGGACACAGAUCAAACAUUUGUUCAUGGAUUUUGUCCGUUCCGAUCGCUUGGUAGUGGAGCGCUACUUGUCGGAGCUCAUGCGAUUGCGGGAUGUGUUGAACGCGUCUGAAUUUUUCCGGCAGCAUGAGGUAAUUGGUUCAUCAUUGCUGUUCGCUCAUGAUUCGCUCGGCUCGGUUCAUGUGUGGAUGAUUGACUUUGGAAAAACCGUCCCAUUGCCUCAGGGCGUACGCAUUGACCACCGAACGAAGUGGCGUUCGGGUAAUCACGAAGAUGGCUAUCUGAUUGGUGUGGACAAUCUUAUUUUGCUUUUUGAAGAAUUGUUACGGGAAACCAGUGAACAAGCUUUGUGCUACAAGCAGAUUGUCUAA